AGCGAGCGAAAGUUCCCCGCCGCGCCGUUUUCAGUGUUGACGGAGCGUCCGACGCACCAUCACCACCACGUCGACGGCUGCAGUGGCAGUGACGGUGACGAGUUAUCUCUGCAGCGGUAGUGUGCACACGGUCGUGACUGGGUGACAUCAUWACCAUCAUGACCAGCCAAGGCGUCGUGGAACGCGCCAGCGCCGAACUGUCGAAGCGCAUCAACGGAUUGACACUGCGAGCGGCCAACAAACCAUCAUCGUCGACUUCCGGUGGCAGCGGCGGUGGAAACGCGGCCGGCGCGACCGGUUCGCCGUCCCGGGCCCCGCGAACCGGUACUAGCGUCAUGGAACGGGUCACUAACGUGUUGUGCGGCGGCAGUACCGGUGGUGGCGGAGGUGGCCUCAUUUCUGGAGGCUCCGGUUCCAGUGGCAUCCAAUACCCACGGUUCCGCGGUCGAACGCCUGUUCGUAACCGCGUGGCCACAUACCGGAUCAAGCGGCCGGUCACGUGGCCGGAGCUGAUGCGUGACGAGCAGUUCCUCAACAGUUUCUUUACAUACUUCACGGCCACCGAGCGCGUGCCGCUGACUCGCGUGUGCGUCCGGUGGCGUGACGUGCUGUACAGAUCGCCAAAGUUUUGGUACAACGUGCGACCGGUGAUCCGCUGCAAACAGCUCAGAUCAUACAACUACGCGGACAAGGCAGCCGUUUUCAAAUCGUUCGUGGCCAGAGAGAUGACGGCUAUCACCAUUUACGGCGCACAGGACCAGGACACGGUCGAGUUUGUCAACACGUACCCGUUUCCCAACAAAAAUAUAUUGGCGCUGUGCUUACAGUCGUCCAGCGUCACCGACAGGGGACUGGAAUCGUUCCUAGACCAUUUGCAGGGUGUUUGGCAACUGGAGCUAGUCGGGUGCAACGAGAUCACGGAGGCCGGCCUAUGGGCAUGCUUGACGCCCAGAAUCGUGUCGCUGACCCUGAGCGAUUGUAUAAACGUGGCCGAUGAUGCGGUCGGCGCCGUGGCUCAGAUGCUGCCAGCCCUCAACGAGUUCACACUGCAAGCGUACCACGUCACUGACGCCGCCUUGGGAUUCUUCUCGUCCAGGCAGUCCAACAGCCUGUCCGCGCUCAGGCUGCAUUCGUGCUGGGAGCUCACCAACCACGGCAUUGUAAAUAUUGUUCACUCACUUCCCAAUCUUACUGUAUUAAGUUUAUCAGGUUGCAGUAAAAUCACUGACGACGGGAUCGAAUUGAUUGCUGAAAAUCUGCCAAAAUUACAAAUCUUAGACUUAUCUUGGUGUCCUCGUGUUACCGAUGCAGCCCUCGAAUAUAUUGCAUGUGAUUUAGUUGGAUUGGAGCAACUGGUCUUAGACAGGUGCAUACACAUCACUGAUAUCGGUAUAGGAUAUAUAUCGACAAUGAUAUGUUUACAAGCGUUAUUUCUACGUUGGUGUUCACAACUACGAAAUUUCAGUAUACAACACUUAUGUGGCAUGCGGCAUCUAAGGAUACUCUCACUUGCUGGUUGUCAUUUGUUAACCUCCAGUGGUUUAUCCAGUUUAAUUCAAAUGCGACAUUUAGAAGAAUUAGAACUGACAAAUUGUGCUGGAGCAUCACCGGAAUUAUUGGAAUAUUUGCAUGAGCAUUUACCAUCAUGUUUAAUUGUAAGAUAGAUAUUCAUAAAACGUAAACACGAMAAUAAUGGAGAGUUGUUAAUUAUUAUAUUUUAUUCCUUUUUUGAUUGUUUACUUCUUUUUUUUAAAAACUUUUUUAUACAUCCUUGGGUUUUGAUUUUCAGUAGGUGUUUUGAGUCUGUUAUAAUGUCCGCACACAUAUCAUAAAUCCCACAAAACACUUAUUAUUUUAUUUAUUUAUUUUAAUUUUUAAAAUUGCUAUUUUUAAGCAAAAUUUGUUGUUAUUGUAACUUUUGGAAUUGAUUUAAUUUGGGUUCAAAUUACAAUAUUGUACACACGUACUAUUAAGCUAUUCUCGCCUAAAAACACUAUUGUGACUAUAGGUAUCUAAAAAGGUACUUACUGGCCUUUUCAAUGCUUAAAUUAUUGUAAUAGGUAGGUAUGUACAAAAUGUGCAAUAAUUAAAAAUAAUAAAUAUAUUAUUUAAUUUAACGGUUUCUAAUAAACCAUUAACUUUAAGUCUAUAUCAAAGUAAAAAUAUAAUUGACCGAUUAGAGAAAAAAAUUUAUCUAACAAAGUUAUGAUAUUAUUACCUUUAUUAUCAUAAAGCAUUUAUAAGUUUGAAUUAGACAAGCAAAAAUAGUUUAUGAAUAUGAACCGAAUGUAGAAAAGAAAUAUUAGCCUUCAGUCCAUUACAAUAACAUUAUAUUCUGUUUAGGUUAUAAUAUUUUGCUCUAAUAUUUAAAAUAUAUUUUCACAUGAGAAUUAUUAAAAAUUAUUAAAUAACGAAAAAGCUAUAUGAGUGUAAAAUUCUCUAUAAUUAUAAUAGCACAGAUAUCAACGCUUAAAUUAUGAACAUAACUCGUAUUGUGUAAUAAUUGAAUUACCGGCCUAAUAAUCAUUUAUAUAACAUAAUUUCUAAUAUUAUCUAUAACCUAUAUAUAUAUUUAUACAUAAAU